GCAGACUCGGAGUGAGUGCCAGCCGAAGGCGGAAGUGGAGUGGGGGAAGCAGAUGGGCGGCGGACCGGGGACAGAGGACUGGAAGAUGGAGGCGGAGUGACUGGGCUUCAGGGCUCAGCGAUCCGCAGUCUCCGCGUAGCCGACUCUUCCGCAGCUGCUGACGGAGGGGUGGGAGGCGGUGACGCCCAGAGUUUCACCCUGUCCCGGGAUUGAUGGACAUAGAGGCCGAGUGCAGCACGAUGGCAGAGGCAGCAGGCACCUCGGCGACCGUCACAGAGACCGUGGAUGGCAGCCAGCCUGCGGACACGGAAAACCGCAGCAUCACCAUCAGGCUGAGGAAGCGCAAGACGAAUAAGAAAGUGGAGUGGUCGAGCGACACCGUGGACAACGAGCAUUUGGGCCGGCGCUCCUCCAAGUGCUGCUGCAUCUACGAGAAGCCACGGGCCUUCGGGGAGAGCUCCUCAGAGAGCGAGGACGAGGAUGGCGGCUGCGGGAAUGCGCACUGCAUCAGGGGCCACAAGAAGGCCGUCCACCCCAGCCACAGCUCCGAGCACUCGAAUCAGGAACACAUUGGCCCUCCGGAGAACUGAAUGGGGGUGGGGGGGGAGACGCAGGGCUGGAGGGAGCAGAUCAAACUGCAGGAGCGUUGUCACCCCCACCUACCACUCAGCCAACCCCGCUCUCACUGACCCAACGCCAACAACCCAGGGGCCGCCACACGGUGGCGACCUUUGCUUAUCUUUAGGGAAGAGGGUUUUUUUUAAAAAAGAACUAGACCUGUAAAUUUGUAUUGCAUUUGUAAUUUAUUUAAUAGAACCUUUUUUUGGUUUUGCCUUUCAGCAGAUCCUCGGGGGGAGGGUGCAUGCAGAGCACGGACUUUUCGUCCAGCCAGUAGGGUGUUUGCACGAAGCCGAAAAUCCUAGAGCUGAUUGCCGAUUGGGAGGGAAGGGCGUAGCACAGAGGUCGGGGUCGGUAGGGAAUCUAAUCACUCGAGCACAAGUACUUGAAGUCAGCACACCGUCAAUCAUGGUACAGAGGACACAUAUUGGUAACUACAGGAGGCAAGUUGUUCAAAGUUGGGGUGUGUGGGGGGGCUACACACAGCUACUGGAGAGAGACAACAGGUCGAACUGCAAAUGGGGGUGGGGGGGGGGAAGAAGAUGGAACUGUCCAGAUCGACCAUUAACACCGAUGAUUCCUGUGCAUGUCCAUCUCCAUCCCCACAGGCGCUGCUCGACUGGCUCUUCUCUCCUCCCACCCACCAGGUUGCAGGUUACACCAUUUUCCCACGUCUCCUGUGCUCUUUCCCCCCACCCCUGGGUGGGGCUGUCACUGAUGGUCCCCAGUGAGUCGCCGCCAGGUUUGACCGGCUGGUCUGCGUUUCGUGGGUGUGUGUGGGUCUGUCUGGGCCGUCUGCCCCGACAUCAGCGGGGCACCGGGCCGCUUCCGCUCCUGGCCGGAGCGCCUCUUCCGUCCAGCCGGGCGCCGGGCUGCCGCUGAGCUACAGAUUGAAGUGUCACGCUGAAGGCUCCCAUCCUUCACCGAUCAGAUGAUCUGAAAUAAAUGGUCUUGCUGAACACAA